AUCAAUAAGUUCGAAAUGCUUUCGAAUAAUGUGUUUUGAGCCUUCUCGUGACCCGUCCGUCUCCAUGACAACACUCCUGCCGCCAUAUUGUUUUGUGGCGGCCAAAACGCGAGCUUCUUCUUCUUGUUACGAUGCAUUUUUAGUUUUUUUUUUAACGUGAAAUUAAACAGACGUGGUCUCGUUGGCUCGUUUUAGAUGAAUCUUUCAAUCCCGUCCGGAAGCGCACCGAGCAGUGAGAUGAUUUGUGGCAGUGAAAUGUGACGAGCAGGCUAACGUAACAAGCUAUAGCUGCUUCGCGUUGAAAUGACGAUGAUUGACUUUUCUUCUUUCUUUUAAAGUUUCACGUCAAUGUUUCCCGCCACACAACAAGGACACGGACUAUAGCGUCUUAUUUCCUGUGUGCUUUGUCGCCUUUCCCACAUAACCUGCAAUACCAGACGUGGAGGAGAUGUGACGUUUGUGCUGGCUGAAAAUGAGCGUCCUUCCUGCCUGGGGGCUGUCCAUCCCACUGCCUGCUGUCAUCUUCAUCGGCGUCUCCAUUUACAUGCUCGUCUUGGCGCUGGCACUCUGGAUACGAUUCUGCCUCAAGGAGAGAUAUUCGCUGGCGUGCGACUGUGGCUGUCCAAGCUGGUCCGUGUGGGAACAUUGCUUCAACGUGGCGCAGUCAUGUGACUGUCGCCUCCCCUCGCUGCGCUCCUGUCUGAGGGACAUGUGCGCCUCCCCCUCCGUGAGUGGCGCACACGUGGUGAGACGAGCCAGCUGUGACGUGUCUUCAUGCUUCUUUCAUCUCAGUGUGGCAGGUGGGAUUGCGCGUGCACGUGUCAGCCUCCUGAGUGCGAGUCCUGCAACUGCCUUUGCUUCGAGAUCCGCGUCAAAUAGCAACCACAACACGGAAGCUAAAGUCAUAUGUAUCGUGGCCACUAGGAGGCGCCAAAGUCGACAGUGAAGCCUAGUCAUAUGUAUUGUGGCCACUAGGAGGCGCCAAAGUCGACAGUGAAGCCUUCAGUGUUCCAAUCUGACAAUGACGUCAUACGUCUGCAUGUGUUUACCUUUCCAUUUCAAUUCUUUGACAUGUUUUUAUGACAAAUGUGUAUUUUAUUUUUUUUAUUGACGUCACCAUGAGACACAUUUGAAAGCUAAAUGUGGACAUUGAAGAGACGUGAGAAUAAAAUGUACAAUUAUCUUUAUUCUUCUGAGGAAACUUCAUGAAAGAACAUCUACACUACACAACAAAGUCACAUGACAGUCACAUGACCCACACGUGAAUCUCCUCCACUCAAACGCUCUCAUUACUUCCGCCUGCUGCUGGACGUGCUGCCAGGUGACGGCCUGCUGCAGGCGAGGGGAGACAAGUGUUAAAAGGUCAAAGUUCAU